CCCGUCAGCGACGCGUUAGCAUAAUAAGCAGGCAAAACCACACCCCCCUUUCGGCCUCAGAUCUCCUUUACCCGCCUCGCCGCCGGUCGCCGCCCGCCGCCGCCGCCGCCGUCACAGCCAGGGAAGAACUCCGUUCGCCAUGGAGGGCGUGGGCGCGCGGCUCGGGCGCACCUCGGCCCGCUACGGCACCACGACGACGUUCACGGGGCCCGUCAGGAAGUGGCGCAAGGACUGGGUGCCCGUCGCCGCCGCCGCCGCCGCGGCGGCGGCGGCGGCGUCGGCCGCCUCCUCCACGGCGGGGGCCGGAUCCCGCGGGAACAAUCUCGUGCUCUUCAAGUGGACCCCGAUGAACGGCGCCAACGGCAACGGGGGCGGAGGAGACGGAGACCAGGCGGCGGCGGCGGCCGCCGCCGCGGAGGAGGAGAAGGCCACGAAACGGCGGCGGUACGUGCCGGUUUCUGUAGUUGAAGAUGAAAGGCAAGAAUCUGGAAAAUCUGACGAUGAAAAUAAGGCAAAUGAUGGAGAACCAUCAUCCGCCGAAACUGAGCCAUCUAAUGGAAAAACUAAUAUUAAUGAUACACCAAUGGAUGAAUCUCAGGCAUCAGAUGAGGCCCGAUAUUCUGGCAAAAAUGGCGGUGGAACCGACCUAAAUUUAAACUUGGGUCUGAAGGACCCUGACGGAGACAAUGAUAUUGAUACUGAAGAACAAGAUGCUGAAAACAACACACACACAGAAAAUAGGCUGAAGAGGAAAUCUGUAGCUCCUGACCUUGAGAUGAGAAUGUAACCGGCUGCUUCAUUUAUUCCUUGGAUUCUUUACUAUCUGCCUUUGGGCCUAUUGUGCAAACUUUCUUGACAUAUUGUCAUAUUUAGAGGCAAUUCAACACGAUAGCUUACAGGACCAGCUAUAGUAAAAUGUCUGAACUGAACAUUAUUAAGUCAAAAUUUUCUCGGUCUGUUGAACAUCUGAAAAGUAGUAGUUUUAUGUUCAUCUUCAAGUCCCUGCAUGACUGGUAAUGUUUCAUACUACA